AUGCCUGGUGCGAUCACAUCUAAGAAUGCCUUUAUCCCCCAGUGGCCUCCGGCCCCAAAGGUCGUUGGCCCUACUACCAAGUCAGCUACACGUCCGACCAACCAACUCCCCAAAUAUUUGUCCGAAGAGUCUAAAAAAACGGCCCGUGUGAACUUUGACAAGGCCAAGCACAUUGCCUUUGAGCCCCCCAAGAACAUUGUCAAGAUGAAGGACAUCGGGCUCGAAGGCCACGGAAUCUCCCCCAAUGCCGUCUCUGAUCCAUUUCCACUAUUCAGCAAGGAGGCUGUUGAGCAGAUACGAGCUGAAGUUUUCAGUGAGGAGGUUCUAAAAGAUCGACAAUUCUGCUCAACUUUCAACAAGAACAUGAUCCGCGGCAUUGGUCCAGCUCGCGCACCGUUUACCUACAGUGCUUGGAAGUCCCCAGACCUUAUCUCCAGCAUCUCACAGGUAGCUGGGAUAGACCUGGUACCUUCCAUGGAUUUCGAGAUUGCCAACAUCAACAUCUCGAUUGGGGAGGGCAAUGAACAAGCCACUGUCACCAUGGUGGACCACAGCCCACUUGGCGACGGCCUUUCUGCUGUAGCAUGGCACUACGACAGCUUCCCCUUUGUUUGUGUUGUGAUGCUUUCUGACUGCGCCAAUAUGAUCGGUGGCGAGACUGCGAUACGGACUCCCGGGGGAGACAUCCUCAAAGUCAGGGGUCCGAGCAUGGGAACGGCAGUUGUUCUUCAGGGACGAUAUAUUGAGCAUCAAGCACUCAAGGCUUUUGGUGGAAAGGAGCGUAUUAGCAUGGUGACAUGCUUCCGCCCCAGGAGUCCAGCUGUGCGGGACGAAACCGUCCUGGUCGGCGUCCGCGCAAUCAGUUACAAGUCAGAACUUUACACUCAGUACACCGAGUAUCGUCUUGAACUUCUAGAGGAGCAGAUCCGCGCUAAGCAACGCGAGGAGCGCGAUCGCCAGGUUGCUAAGAAGGAUUUUGAUAUCCAGGGCAUGAGAGCCUGGCUCGCUGAGCGCAGGGACUUUAUUGACUCUAUGAUAACUGAAAUUGAGGAGGAAGAUGAAUAA